AUUGGGGUGGUGGUUCCUUAGAGAUCCUCUCUCUCUCUCUCUCUCUCUCUCUCCCCGAAAAACCGCUUUCCAAUUCCCUCACUCCAAAACCCAUCUCUUAUCUCCCAAAAUCAGACCCACCGAAAACCUAACUUUCCACUGUUGAACUUUUCACCAUCUUCUAUCCAUUUUUUAUUUUAAUUUUUUGUCCGUUAUUGCGGAUCCUACCGUGCUCUAGCGAUGGACAUUGAGCAAAAGCAAGAAGAGAUCAUCGAUCAUUUCGUGAAGCAAGCCUCGUCUCUCGAAGGCUCUGCCCUCGGCUCCCUCGUCGUCGAAGCCACCUCGCAUCCUUCUCUCUUCGCCUUCUCCGAGAUUCUCGCCGUUCCUAAUGUUCUUCAGCUUGAAGGAACAGAAACUUCUGUGAACCUGGAUGUGCUUCGCUUGUUUUCACAAGGAACAUGGAGUGACUAUAAACGUGAUGCCAGUCGUCUUCCCCAAUUGGUCCCUGAUCAAGUCCUAAAGCUGAAGCAGCUCACUGUUCUUACACUAGCUGAGACAAACAAGGUACUACCAUAUGAUCAACUAAUGCAGGAGUUAGAUGUUAUAAAUGUACGUGAGCUCGAGGAUUUUCUCAUUAAUGAGUGCAUGUAUGCGGGCAUAGUAAGAGGAAAGCUUGACCAGCUGCGGAAGUGCUUUGAGGUCCAGUUUGCUGCAGGGAGAGACCCCAGACCUGGACAACUUGGGAGUAUGAUACACACACUGUCAAACUGGUUGGAUACCUCAAACAAUCUUCUUAUCUCGAUUCAAGAGAAGAUGAAGUGGGCUGAUACUAUGACUGAAUUGGCCAAGGAACACAAAAAAGAAGUCGAAGAUAGGGUGGAAGAAGUAAAGAAGUCCUCUUCCCACAAGGCCGACAUUGACUUCCGGGGGCACGAGGAGAUUUACUCCGAACCUGGUGGAGUGAUGGACUAUGAGGAAGACCGAAGUAGACCAAAGAGAAUCAUGUGUACUUAUCAAGCCAACAGGAUGCGCGUGUCAAACGUAGCCAUUUUGCAAGACCACCAAGGUGACUCCGUGUUGAAGAGGCUCCGAGGAAGCCACCACCCCCACCUAGGUGUACCACAAUUGUCCCCACAAGGUUACAUAUGUUAUGCCACUCAUUGGGGAGAUAAUUGGUUAGACAAAUUCUGGAUCGAGAUACUCUAACCAGGGCUGGGCGUUACUCUUUGUCAAUGUCUUUUCUUUCAUUUAUAUAACCGUUGAAUAUGACUUGACAAUGACAACAAAAUUAAUUUGGGGCCCUGUCUUGUGCCAGGACUCAGAGCGAUCGCACUUCCUACCUUGGCUCA